UUACCACAGCAAAAGGCGGGACAGAAAAAAAAACAAAAACAAAAGAUGAAAUCUCUUCCGGUUUCUCUAUGCUAGCUCGUCCUGUCCGAGACCGGGCCGCCUCCGUGAACAAGCCAAUGAGAGCGCGCCGGUCCCUUUGGCGGACUUAUUUCAUAACAACUUUAAUCUAUUCUUGGAGCUAAAUCUUUUUGGAAUGUCUGCUGCAGCUACAGAAUCAGAAGACGAGGUUCCAUCACUUUUGUGGGGUUUGAAUCCCAUCUUUUCAUGCUUUGCAAGACUAUACAUUAAAGACAUAUUAGAAAUGAAAGAGUCUAAACAGGUUCCAGGUAUUUUCUUUUAUAACAGACAUCCAAUAAGACAAGUGGAUAUUUUUGGUACAGUGGUAUUAAUAAAAGAAAAAGAUUCCUUUUAUAUUUAUGGAGUGGAUGAUAGCACUGGUGUAAUAAGCUGCACCUGUUGGAAAAAUGCUUUAGCAGAAAAGAAAAAAUUGUCAGAUUUGGAAACUCAGCCUAGUACUUUAAGUAAUCUGAAUCUGACUGACUUGAUAAGAAAUCUCCAAAUAGCAAUUCGAAAAAAAACAAGUCUGGAAAUUGGUGAUCUAAUAAGAGUCCGUGGUUACAUUCGAAUUUACAGGCAACAACGGGAAAUUAAGUCUUCCAUGUAUUAUAAAGUUGAUGACCCUAUGUAUGAAACUCAAAUUUCCAGAAUGCUAGAAGUUCCCCGUUUAUAUAGGGAUAUUUAUGAUAAGAUAUUCCAGUUCCCGGAAGAAACACAGUGUAAUCAUGGUGCAUCAGAUGAACUGGGUUCUGUUAUGAAUCUGAGUAAAAAAAUAAGGGAUUUUCUAUUGAAGAACAAAAUUCAGAGCUUCUAUAAGCAGGAAUUAGAAACAGUUGAGGAUUUGGUAUCAUUGGCCAAACAGGAUGAACUUGGUACCACUGCUGAGCAAACAGGUUCUAAAGCUGGUCCAUGCUCCAGACUGAUUAGAAAGUCAUUCAUGGAAGCAAUAAAAUUAUUGCAGAAAGAUGGUGUUCUUUUUCAAAAAUCAAAGACUCCCGAGAAUAUGUAUUAUGUUACUGAACAGGAUACAGAAUUGCACAAAGUAACUCUUGAAGUUAUCAGAGCUGAUUGCAAGAGACCAAAAUAUGCUGAAAAAGGGUGCCACCUUCGUCACAUACUCUGCUGUAUUCAGCAAAAUUAUAAUCCUUAUAUCACUGAAGCGGUUGUCCGUUGUCUCCUUAAUUGGUUGGAGAUCAACAGUGAUGUUGUCACUACCAUGGAAGAAUACUAUACAGUAUUUUAAUCUAAGGAAAUACAAUGGAUGCUUGGAGUCAAACAUUAUCCAGUGAUCUAUAGCAUCAAAGAUUUUACUAUGUACCUGCUGAGCUAUUUUUCUUAUUUAGAAGGUAAUGCAGAAUACAAAUCAUUUUAUUUUGUGCUAUUCCUGGUAGAUAUCAUUGUCUGAAACAUUUCUACUUUUUCUAAGAGGAAAAGGUGCUAAACAGUGAUAUAAAAUUAUGUUGCAAGUGCCCCCUUGUGGUUGGAUAGAAUUAAAAAGAACAAACUUUGGUUUUGGACCACAUAGUAAAAGGAAAAAAAAAAAAGUAUGUAUAGGGAAGAGCAGUUUGAUUUGUUUAACUUUCUGCCAGAGACCGACAACACAAAAAUAAAAUUCCAAAAAUGACAAUAUAAAAAAGUAAAAAUGAUAAGUCAGACAAAAUAAAAAAAAAUAGGUAGAGGAAAAAGCUUGGCACACAGCCAAGAUACUUAUUGAAUAAUUUGUGGAAUAUAAUGGUUCACUAUUCCUCAUUUAGCAAUAAGUAGUCUGGACACUGAAGGAUAUCAGAUUCCUUGUUUUAGUUCGGUGUUGUAUUGGCUCCCUCAAAACCUAUUAAAAUUAAGUAUUCAAUUGAGAAGCUGUACUGUUUAAAAUCUAGGGUCCUUUUUUCCAUACAAGUUGAAAAACAUCUAGCAGAAUCAAAAUGGUGAAAGAACUAUCAAUUUAUUCCAAAAUCUAAGGUGACAGCUUCCUAUGAACUCCUAUAGAAAUACUCCAGAUUCCAAUUACAAGAAAGAAUUGGGCACAUUCUGAGGGAUUUAGAAAGGAUUUUAAAAAUGUUGAUUGGAUUUCUUUAUUAGUUCUUAUGUAUUUGAAGAGGCAAAUUUAAGGAUAUUAAUGUCAAUAGGCAUAUGGUUAAUGCAUCUGCUGUCUGUACAGUUCAAAACUGCAUAAAUAGUUUGGGCCCGAUUAGAAUCAGAUUUCUAUUGUUUCUACCAUAUCAUAGAGAAUGAAAAAAAAAGGAUUCCUAAAAGAAAUAGAGUCAAUCGUGGUAUUAUUUUAUUUGCAACAAUGAGUUCAGCUAGCUAAAUGUUUGGUUGAAACCCCUACUUUUAUCUCAAGAGAGUUGACCCAUUACAUUGGUUCAUACCAGCAGUUGAUGGACCCAGAUAGGUUUCAGAGGGACUGUAGGAUAUUCCUACUGGUCUGCUGCUUGGUCCAUCUGAAGUCUCGGUUGCCACUUGGAAUAAGAGGGUGGUUGAGGCAUUGGAUCAGAUUGCACCUAUGUGGUCUCUUCUCCUCUUGUGGAUCCCAUCAGUCCCCUUAGUUCACAGAAGAGUUAAGGGAAUUGAAAUGAAAGAAGAGACAUCUAGACUAGUGUUGCUGGAGUUCAACAGGGGACAAACUCAACCAAAUCACUCUUAAGGCCUGCCUUGUGACAAUAUGGAUAGUAAAGCAUCAAUACUCCUCUACCCAGCCACCGUCUGCAAAUAGCUAUUCAGGUAGCAAGUUAAAUACUAUAUCUUUUUAUCUAGUAUUUUUUUGUGAAAAAAAAAACCUUUUAAAGAAUACUCAAGAUAUAACACAUUCCUUAAUAUGACCAAUCUUCCUUUAAAACAUUGUUAAAGCAUCCUGUAAUACCAGUACUGUUCUCUUUUGUAUCCCAUAUUCCAGAAUGCUGUUGGGAUAACCAACAAGCUGCCUUAUUUAACACUUACAUCCUUUCAUCAGGUUUUUAGCAGGUAAAAGCUGUGUUCCAAGUGUUUCUAACAGUUGAGAAUAAUUUGUGUUAACUACACAUCUGAUUUUGGCACCAAAAGCCCUUUGUAUGUCUUCUAGAAGCCACUGGACAUCUAGAAUGUAUGAUUAUCAAGUCCAUAAGUCCACAAUGAAAAAAACUCUCCAAGUCUGUUGUCAGAUUGUAUGGAAGACAUAUUUCCUAAAUAAAGAUUCAGAUCUUUUUCUUUAAAAUAUUUAAAAUUUUAAUAUUUAAAACUUUUAAAAUACCAAGUAUUUCCUUAUUUAGUAUCUACUGCAGCAUCUAAUAAUCAGGAAGUUUAGUUUCCCUUUCUUUUUGUAAUACAGUAUGGGGUUGUUCAUAAAAACAAUUUAGACAGGGUAAAACAUUUCUGCUAUUCUGAAACUAAAGCUGUGGCCUCAUUUUAUUAUCUUGUAACCCUGAUGACAAAAGCACAAUAUCAUGCACUUUUAUUCUUCCAUAGACAUUGGUUUCUCAUGGAAUUUAAUGGUAAUCCGUUUUAUGAGUUGGUAAUUAUCUUAACAGAAGCAAAAGUAACCUAACUUGCAAAUCUAUAUAUUACCACAGUGUGGUGCUGUUGAAACAAACUUGGAAAACAUUUAAUACAGGAGUUUCUUUAUAUAUUUAAAUGUUUAACUAUUUAAAUACAUAUUUAAAUUUAAGGUGAUUUGCCAUGUUCAAAAUGAGAGCUAUAUGUACUUCCUGACUGAGAUAGAUAAGCAUCUUGAAACUUUAAUUACUAUAUUUAAAAAAUCUGGCUAGUAUUUUUUUAAUUUCCUUUUCCAAAAGCACACUGAGAAGAGUUUUAAUAUUGUAUUUAGGAUAUAUCUUUCUACUAAACUGCAUUUUCAAUAGUGAUUUUUUCCAAUCUGGUUUUUGAAUUUUAUUUCAUAUGUGUAGAUAUAGUGGAUAUAAAAAGUCUACAACCUCUGUUAAAUGCCAGAUUUUUCACAUCUAAAAAAAAAUCUGAUCAAGAUUAAUCACUUCAAAAUUAUUUCCACCUUCACUAUAACAUAUAAGAUGUACAAUCCAGUUUAUAAAAAGAUAUUAGUCUUCUUAGAGAGGUAGUAUGAUCCCUUGUAUUGUACUUUUUAAAUUUUACAUACUGUAUCCUUUUCUUUUUUAACAAAAAUUAUUUGUAUUUAUUAUUUUCAUUUAUUUAUUAAAUUUGUUUGCCACCUAUAUCACCAUGAAGUGAUUUAUCAUAUUUUCACAAAAUACUGUGGAGACCUGUCUGUUAUUAUUUUCCAUUAUUUCCUGAUUAAAUUCUCAGUUUUCAAAAUUUGUCAUUUGCAAUAGAGUUGAGUUAAAUCAAUAUAUUCUUCCCUAUGGAUACUGUCAUAUACAACAUAUCAUUUUUUCUUCACAAUAAAAUAAAACAUUAAAACAAUUUUGCAAAUUUC